GUAUACCAUCAUUCAAACACCAUCCGCAGGCGACAUUCAUUGAUUGAUUGUCUUUUCACUGAUGGUGGCUGGUAUUUGCUGAAAGAGGGACAAAGAGUCAGUCAUGGCGGCGCUCAGAGCGGCAGGCGGGAGAGGAGGGCUUCAAAGGCUGCUGGCCAGGAGCGUGAGUGGGACCAGAACGAGCAGACUGCAGACGACAGGAAGCACAGCAGCAAGACUCUCACUAUCACCAAAAUGUCUUCCGGCUGCCUCGCAUCUACGCCCACGAUACAUCUCGACGACACGAACAGCACGCUUAGCGGACGUGACAGAGGCUUUCUCCUCCCAGCUCGAGCAUGCGCCUGCAGACAUUCUCGCGAAACCCACGGGGGCGUCCACGACACCACAGACGUUGACGGAAAAGAUUGUGCAGAGAUACUCGCAGGGCUUGCCAGAUGGCAAGUUUGUCAAGGCUGGCGACUAUGUCACGCUAUCACCACACCACUGCAUGACGCACGACAACUCAUGGCCUGUGGCGACCAAGUUCAUGAGCAUUGGUGCGACCAAGAUCCAUGACACGAAGCAGGUGGUCAUGACCCUCGAUCACGAUGUACAGAAUAAGAGCGCGAAGAAUCUGGAAAAGUACGACAAGAUCGAGUCCUUUGCGAAGACGCAGGGCGUAGACUUCUAUCCAGCGGGACGAGGCAUUGGACAUCAGAUCAUGGUAGAGGAGGGAUAUGCGUGGCCGGGAACGAUGGCAGUAGCCAGCGACAGUCACUCCAACAUGUAUGGAGGCGUGGGAUGCCUGGGCACACCAGUCGUGAGGACUGAUGCUGCGAGUAUCUGGGCGACGGGAAGGACAUGGUGGCAGAUUCCUCCAAUUGCAAAGGUUACUUUUACUGGCAUUCUGCCCGAAGGUGUGACCGGAAAGGAUGUAAUUGUGGCGCUGGCUGGCCUGUUCAACAACGAUGAGGUGCUGAACCACGCCAUUGAGUUUACAGGAUCGACCAAUACCAUGCGCAGUCUGCCCGUCGACGACAGACUCGCCAUUGCCAACAUGACUACCGAGUGGGGUGCGCUAUCUGGACUCUUCCCCAUCGACGACGUGCUCAAAGCAUGGCUGCGGUAUAAGGCGACGGAAGCCAGCAUGUACCGGGAACCUUCUCCAACUUCGAGUCUGACCACUGAUCGCUUCAAUCACGAAAGACUGGAUGAACUGUUUGCGACUCCUCUUGCUGCAGACAAAGGCGCUGGUUAUGCCAAGGAGCUGUUCCUCGAUCUUUCAACACUAUGCCCCUAUGUUGCUGGGCCGAACUCUGUGAAAGUGGCAACGCCACUCAAUGAGCUCGAAGCGCAGAACAUUCCGGUGAAUAAAGCGUACCUCGUAUCUUGCACCAACUCUCGAAGAUCUGACAUUCAGGCCGCUGCCAAUGUAUUUCGAGCAGCAACCGGCACAGAUGGCAAGACGCCGAGAAUUGCGGAUGGGGUGAAGUUUUACAUCGCAGCAGCAUCCAUUCCUGAGCAGAAAGCUGCAGAAGAGCAGGGUGAUUGGCAAGUACUGCUGGAUGCCGGUGCAGAGCCCUUGCCUUCUGGAUGUGGACCAUGUAUUGGUCUAGGCACAGGAUUGCUUGAACCUGGUGAAGUGGGCAUCUCAGCGAGUAAUCGCAACUUCAAAGGGCGGAUGGGCAGCACAGAAGCCAAAGCAUACCUGGGUAGUCCGGAAGUGGUAGCCGCUAGUGCAUUGAGUGGCAAGCUCUCCGGUCCCGGUUGGUACGCAAAGCCCGAAGGCUGGGCGGGCGUGCGUCGUGGUGAGGGGGACGGUGUUGCAGAAGAAGAUCGCAUGAUCAGCAUCGAGGACGCACUCGACAAGCUUGUCCGCGAGGCGGAAGAAACGAUUCAAGAAGCCGAGCAGAGACUAUCUGGAGCUCCAGCUGCAGCCCAACCCGAAGAGACAUCGACCGGACUCACAGAGAUUCUGCCUGGCUUUCCCGAAAAGGUCUCGGGCGAGAUCAUUUGGUGCGAUGGCGACAACAUCAACACCGAUGGCAUUUACCCGGGCAAGUACACCUACGAUGAUGCGUUCAGUGCCGACCCGGCGAAGAUGGCGACGGUAGUGAUGGAGAAUUACGAUAAAAAGUUCGCCUCCAUCGCCAAGGCAGGAGACAUUCUCGUGACCGGCUACAACUUUGGCUGUGGAUCGUCCAGAGAACAAGCCGCUACUGCGAUCCUCGCCAAGGGCAUCCCCCUCACCGUCGCCGGCAGUUUCGGCAACAUCUUCCAGCGCAACUCCAUCAACAACGCAUUAAUGGGCGUCGAAGUCCCCAAACUCAUCGAACGACUCCGAGCCUCUUUCGGCCACUCCGCAUCGAACACCACAGCAAACACCCCCGCCGCCAUCACCGAGCCGAGCAAGAACGCCGAAAGCUUAGAUUCCCCUCCCCCUGCCCCCACCGCCAAACCCGCCGACAAGGGAGAACUUACAGUCCGCACAGGCUGGACCUUCACAUGGGAUGUGCGACGCAGCCAAGUCGUGAUCCAAGAGGGCGCGGGCGGCGAAUCUUGGACACAGAAAGUGGGAGAGCUGCCGCCGAAUGUUCAAGAUAUUAUCGCCAAGGGGGGACUGGAAAAGUGGGUUCAAGCCCAGAUUGCAAGUAGUUUGUAAAAAGUAUUUUCAGGUAAAAUAUAUAUGUAUACCUAUGUAUGUCGCUUUUUCCCUCGUGGUUACUGAGAGAGGGAUGCGAUGUCUCCCAAUCAAGGUUGGUGGUGGUAGUGAUGGUAGUUGUGGAAGAGAGGAAAUGAUA